UCUGCGCAACCGGAGGCAGAAACAGGAAGCGAGACCAAAACAAAGGAGCUGCGGCCGGGAGUGGACUUUUUCUUCAACCUCCUCUGGCCUCCGCCUCGGCCCUGGCCGCGGACCCCGGUAGCUGUCCGAGCAUGUCUAACAUGGAGAAGCACCUGUUCAACCUAAAGUUCGCGGCCAAAGAACUAGGCAGGAGUGCCAAAAAAUGCGACAAGGAGGAAAAGGCCGAAAAGGCCAAGAUUAAAAAGGCCAUUCAGAAGGGCAACAUGGAAGUUGCGAGGAUUCACGCCGAGAACGCGAUUCGCCAGAAGAACCAGGCGGUGAAUUUUCUGAGGAUGAGCGCGCGGGUGGACGCGGUGGCCGCCAGGGUCCAGACAGCCGUGACGAUGGGCAAGGUGACCAAGUCGAUGGCCGGUGUGGUCAAGUCGAUGGACGCGACGUUGAAGACCAUGAAUCUCGAGAAGAUCUCCGCCCUGAUGGACAAGUUCGAGCACCAGUUCGAGACGCUGGACGUGCAGACGCAGCAGAUGGAGGACACGAUGAGCAGCACGACGACGCUGACCACUCCCCAAGGCCAGGUGGACAUGUUGCUGCAGGAAAUGGCAGACGAGGCCGGCCUCGAUCUCAACAUGGAGCUGCCGCAGGGCCAGACCGGCUCCGUGGGCACGAGCGUGGCCUCGGCCGAGCAGGACGAACUGUCCCAGAGGCUGGCCCGCCUGCGAGACCAGGUGUGACCGCGGAACCCGCUCUGAGGCGUCCCGGCCGCAGCCCCCUUCGAAGACGGAUUCUCUGCACUAGAAACUCGGAACCGGCCAGAAUGCUAAACUGCUCUACCUUUGGGUUUACAGUGCUCCCCAGAUAUACGAAGAAGUCCGAGGCCUUCUCCACUCUUAACUGGAUUUGAAAGUUCUCUAUAACUUGUGAUCACGUGUAUUUUUAUAGUUGCCUUUUAACAGAUCUAGUUAAUUUGGAGUAUAUUAAUCUUUCUCAAUUAUUUGGUCAAAACUCUAGUUCCCGUGUAUUCAGUUUUCAGCCCGAAAUUAUCAAAAUUGAAGCUUUUCUUUUUAACUUUGUGUAAUUGAUAUCUAGAAUUGACGGGUGGUGAGUAGGUUGAUUACAGGGCUAUCAACACGUCAUUUGGAGACUUAUUUCAUGGGCAGUGUUCUUCUGUUUACCCUUUGUUUAUUGCCAUCAGAUCCAGACUACAGGUGACCAUUAGCCUGUUCUCUUAACUUACACUAAAAGUACUUUAGGACCUUCUUGUGUAAUACUCUCUUACUGUUUAUGUCCUAUAAAUUUUUCGAGUGCAGUUGUCUUUUUAUAACUGGAAAAAAAUGCCACAUAACUUCCAUUUAUCAUAAGAGAAAAUUGUUCAUUUAUGAUUUUAAGAUGUACAAGGUUUAACAUGUGACGGUUUUUUCCAGGUGAACUUCUCUCACAUUUCUAGUUAUUUUCCUAUUUAAUUAGACUUUAAUUAGACUUCUUUUUAAAGUAUGCCAAUUAGCAUGACAGUCUCAUUACUCUAACGUUGCCAAAGAACUGUUGAUUGGUUUGAGAAAGCCCUGGGACUGGGUGUGUGUACGUUUUGUUUUGAUUUGAAUCAAAAAUAGAAAUAAAAUUAGAACUGCAUUUUAGGUUCUAAAUAUUUGCAUUUAAUAUCUUGUCUUAAAGCGACAGCUCUUUUAAAACCUUGUAAGUACAAGUUGGAAUGUUUGGCUUAGCCAUGCAAACCCCUUACACAUACAUGCAGCCAUCUGUCUGGCAGGGUCAGACAGCAGGCUCGGCCCCCUCAGGCCAGAGCCCAGCUGUGCUCUUUCUAGAGUGGUUGUGUGUAAAGUAAAAGCAGAAAACUAGAGCCUGAAGCCACCACUUUCUCAGAGCCUCAAAACAUGGAUACAGCAAGUUGCUUUUGCCUUGGUGAGCAUAUUAAUCUAGGUUAAAUACUUAAGGAUAUUUUUAAUUCCCUCUUCCCUUCACUGGAAGAUUUCUCCAAGAGAGAAUUCCAGUAUUUCAGAAAAUAAUUAAAGGGACUCUUGCAAGCCCUUCGAAAGAUUGAGAACCAAGUAUUCACCAUUAUAACGUGUCCUGCUGUAUCAAAGUGUGUGUUUAAGGGGGAAAAAAAUGACGAGUUGUGUGCAGAUGAGGACUGACCCUCCUAUUUAAGUGUCUUUAUGUCUGACUGGGUGUUGUUCCACAGUCUUCCGUAAGGGAUGCCUGCCAGUCAUCUACCCCAAAUCGUCUUUCUAGAACUAGUCCCUUUCCGUGACUCCUCUCAUUCACAUGGUUGCCCAGAGGCAGCUGUGAGCACAGCAUGAUUCUUAACCCUUCUUUAGACUGAAAAAGUCAUUACAACUUAAAAAAUAGCUUGGUGUUGAUCCUUCGGUAAAUUGAGGACCCUUUUAUAGUGCAGAUAUUCCCAGCAAAAUUAAUAUAUUUUGUGAGAUUAAACAAUGCUUAUAUAUGCUUGACCUUUCCUAAAAUAUGUUCGUUUCAAACUACAUGAAUGUACAUUUUUAUGAAACAUAAAUAUUUUCAAAAGCAUACCAGGCCGGUGAAUUAUUUCCUCACUUUUGCAGUUGGUGAAAUGCUGGAAUAUGAACCAAAAAAGUUUGUCAAAUAAAUCAUUUUAA